CAGACUAUUUUGUACUCACUAGCGCUCACGCAGACUUAAGUUCGGAAGAAAACGUUGCAGCCGGGAGGUGCGUGCAAAUCUUGGCUUAUUCGGCUGCCACCUUCAGGCAAAUCAUGUCUGGUUGCGACGAACAUGAAAUAGCAGACUUCUCUAGGGUCGUUGGAGGACAGACGUUGCAAGUGAAUGCUCUCCUGAUAGGGAAUACCAUCCUAAUGGGGGUCAUGGUCGGGAUAGGCGCUUACGGCCAUCACUACCGCCACCAUCCAUUGACUCGCUUCCUCUUCCUUGGUGCCACCAUAUUAUUCUUACCCAUCGUCUCCUACAUUGUAUCCAUCACUAAUAAUCAGAAUAUUGUGACUGUUCUCUCCAGUAGAAAUAGAAUGGUGACAGGGUUGUGUCGAAGCAAUCACAGAUUUAUGGUCUUAUUAUGUGCUACCGUUGUUCAGAUUGUUGGUAUCAAUACCACCGCAAUCGUUGCCGCUGAUGUUAGAGAAGGUCGAAGCAUUCCUCCCCCUACAGUACUACUUGUGCAAGCAAUAUGGACUACCUACCUUGGAUUCAACAUCAUAAAAGGUCCAAAUGCAAUGUCCCUACAAAAUGCCAUCAAAUAUAUAACAUUGCUUGCCAUUUUUUCACCAUUUCCACUUAUCUUUGCCAAAAUAGUCUUGAAGUAUUAUGCCUGGUACCAUGCCAAACAAUCAUUUGCAUUUGGACGCAAUCCUCGUCUUAUUGUUGGAUACAUGGAGCAGCUACCAGAUAGAAGUUAUCAUGCUGAGGUGGCCGGUGAGUAUACACCUCCCCUACUUAUUGUUUCAAGGGAGGACACUAUGUUGGUAGAGAAGCAGCCCCAUGGUUACCGGAUGUGCAAUACAGCUGAUAGGACAAGGAUAAACAACAACGCGGACUUAGUGACCAUUGACAAAGUUUGGGAGUUGGAUGUCAUUCUUCUCAAGUCAAAAACUCAGUUCGAAGAUCUAUGUUUUUCAUUUGCAUUGUUCAAGAUGUUACGGUGUCGUUUUGCAAAAUAUACCGUCACUGAAGCUGGAUUCAUGAAGGCUCAAAACUUCUUAUGGCAUGUGCUGCUCGAGGAUAGUGGUGAUACGCAGAUACUGGGGGUGAUUGCAUCUGAGCUUUCUUUUCUUCACGAUUAUUAUUAUUCAUCCCUUCCAAUCUCAUACUCCAAGAGCUGGAUACCAAUCUGGAGCAUAUCCAUUUCCAUCUUAAGCAUUGGUUACUGCUUAUUUAUCACAAUGAUUUUGAUGGCAUAUCUCGUGGCAAGUGGAGUGGCGAGUGGAGUUGAAUGGCAGGUUCUUUGUCAAGUAAAUUGCAUGGGAAGUCCCUAUGGAACUGGUGAUACCAAACAUUUUGGAAGUGUGUGGUUUGAUGUAUUGCCAUUGCUUUCACUUGGUGCAUUAGUCAUGCUUUCUGAAGCGAGGGAAAUUGCGUCCUACAUCUGCUCUGACUGGACUAAAGUAGCCUUAUUGUGCCACUAUAUUUCUUCGCGUGAAUAUCCUACAUUGCCAAAAUGGAUUGGCUUAUUGUUGCAGUGUAGAUGCAAGCUAGUGGAGCCUUGGCAGGAUAAAAUGAGCCAAUGCUCAAUCCUAGUGCUCCGCCGAAGAAAAACUCCAUUGGCUAUCCUCAGGCGUCCCAUUCCUCUGCCUGAGCAAAAGAAGAACGUUAAGGUACCCAGAGAAGUGAAGGCUGCCAUUGUCAACACACUGAGAAGCAUCAGGGGAGAUCUGAGAAACGGCAUGAUGUCUCUGCAGCAGUUGGGCAUUCAAGUUGGUGGCAACUUCCUCCAAGCAUGCAAUGCCAAAGGUACAUCCGACGCCUUGCUUUCUUGGCACAUCGCCACAAGCAUCUUUGAGGUGAGGUACCCACACUCAACAACUUCUGGCCAUGCAAGUGUCGCCACCCACUUGUCACGCUAUUGCGCCUACCUGGUGUCAUAUUCUCCGGAGCUACUUCCUAAUGACGAUGCAUGGAGCAAUAGCAUGUACAAGGCCACCAAGAAAGACGCCGAGCGCGUCCUCUCAGGCCGCAUCGCCAAGCCAACACCGGAGCUGCAAUAUCGACACUUGGUGGAGCUGCUGACUGCGAGAUCCAAGCAUGAGGUGCUCAAGGACGGUGCAAAGCUCGGCGAGCAACUGGUGGAGUUCAUGGAAGGGGAGGAGGCGAGGUGGAAGGCUCUGGCUGAAUUUUGAUGCAAGUUGUUGUUGUACAUCGCUCCAUCGGAUAACCUCGAUGGGCACGCGGAGGCGAUCGCCCGGGGUGGCGAGCUGGUAACACUCCUGUGGGCACUGCUCACCCAUUUGGGGGUUGUCAGUAGGCCUAAGGCCACCUCCACUACCAAUACUACUACUACUACCACCGCCACGGGUGCUUCUGAUGUCGUUUAAGCACUUACGGCAGUGUGUAUUAAAGGUCCUCGAACUAGCUUGCAUCAAAGGUCCUCGAACUAGUUUAGAGGUGUUACGUAGGUCCUCGAAUUAUGAAAAGGGUCAUUCAGGUCCUCAAAGUGCAAUAUGCGUUCAUCCAAGUCAUCGAACUAUUUUAGAGGUGUCAUGUAGGUCCUUGAACUAUUUUAGAGGUGUCACAUACGUACACACUUAUUGCACU